UAUCAACCUGAAGUUACUCAGACAGACAAGUCUGCUCAGGAAUGGAUGUGUGCUUCACCUCGCUUGCGGAAUUCAUAUUUUGAUGAUACUUUCAAGGGAGACAAGGAAGAGAGGUAGGUAUUCUUCAUAUUCUCAACUGCUUCUGCAUUUUUUAUAUUCUUCAAAUAUUCCUGUUCAUAUUUUGAUGAUAUUUAUCAGGGGAAUCAAGGAGGAGAGGUUGGUAUUAAUCAUUCUGUAUUCUCAACUCAUUCUGAAUUAUAUUCAGUGUAACUGCUUCUGCACUUUUUAUAUUCAUCAAGAAUAUAUGUUAUAUUCGUAGAGAUCAUAUCAUUAUAGUUCUGGGCGAUUUCGUGGGAAGGUCAACUUGAGCAUAUACAAAUAAAGUUAGUCAUUUCCAAAAAGAAACCACGUUCAUAAUUUAUCCUUAAGGUCUAUAUGUGGGUGUUCAGUCUAUAUUUGAAACGUUUAAGUAGUUAAUUGCAUGAAUUUUGACCAUUAUUAGCUAGGUUUCCAUCCAAUUGCCGACAGAUUUUCAUGCGAAUAUGCAUAAAAACUAUAUGCGCAUUAGGCUGUGCAGAUAAAAGGCUGUGCGUUAUGACAUAGUGCACAUAAAAAUACCUUUUACGUUAACCCCCCCCCCCCCAAAAAAAAACAAAAAAAACAACAACAACAACAACAACAACAACAACAACUAGUUAAAUGGGUUGAUGGUUUUCUCACAAAAAACGUUGCAUUAUAGGCCUUUAUACAAUGGGUGGUUCUAAUCCUGAAUGCUGAUUGGUUAAAACCGCAUUCCAGCCGGUGUCUAUUCCACAAGUUACCACUGGCUAAAUCUAUGACAUUAAAAUGCCUAUUUACUCUGUUCUAUCUGACUGCGCAAUCCGCUGUCUCAUCAGCCCAACCAGGCAAUUUAUAAAGUUGAUCUCCCCUAAAAAAGCAGUGUUUGGAGGAGCCUAACAACACCCGUGCCAAUAUAUCCUCCAAACACCAGCUUCUCGGGCAUUAUCACUUAAAUAGCGUGUGCCCACUCCGGUAUUGGCACUGCGCUCUCGCCAACAGCUCACAGAUACAGAGCUGGUUGGAUAGCCUACAUGAUGAGGUUAUUAUGGACAAAAGAGCUAGACUAUUUUUAUUUGUCAAACGGCAGCCAAGCAUCGAUGAUCAUGUCAGCAGAAUAAGACCCUCGAUAUUUAUUGGAAAGGAGCAUCAAGCUCAUCACCUUGCACUUUCACCACCCUGUUAAAUUCCUCAUAACUUAUUUCAUCUGUAGCCUAAUAAUCUGCGUGCUUUCCCGACGAGUCGUAGCGGGAGGACCACACAACAUGUCAUCGCGUGACUCCACGUUUCUUCGAUAUGAUGGUUAUUAUAUCAAUAUUUGCGCAUAAAAGCGUUUCCACCGACAUUUCUCGCAUAAUUCCUUUUACCGACACAAAAAGAUCCCACCUUGUCUAGCGUAUUUUGUUUUGUCGACAUUUGUCAAAUUUACCAACACAUUUUCUGUUUCAAUAAGGCCUGUGGUGAAAUUUUUUAUCCGACGUACUUUACUUGCAUAUAAAGGCUGUUUGGAAACCCAACGGGAAACCUGGUUAGUGAGUAGGAUGCCAAGUCUCAAAAAAGGCUUUUCAGACAAUCAUAUUUCAUGGCUUUUAGAAAGGGCCCACAGAGCUUGUUUUUCCACUCACAUCUGGCCCGGAGUAUUAGUUAUGAAGAUGAGAUGUUAAUGAAGCAAUACAAACCAGAUUGAAGUGUCUUGAGUCUUGUAAUAAUAGGGGAGGGGAUUAUGUUUUUUAGAUAAUGUUGUUGUAAAACCUUACAUCGAAUCCUCUUGAAACUUUCUCUGUAAACCCAACUUUCAACAAGGUUUUAUAUGGUCUAUAAUUGGUUUCUCUCUUUUCAUUGUCGGGAUCAUUUUUCAGUGUUAUGAUAUCCGUAAAAUCCAUAACGUUUGCGGAUGUGAUGGAUAUUGAUGCAUCAUAUCUUAGCUUCAGAUAUCUUGAAAAUUAUGUGUUCUAUAUUUAAGAUUCUCUUAGACAAUAUAUACAUGCUGAAAUGCGUUACCCAUACAUGGGCAUGGCAGUCCUAUUUAUUAACAAUAGGCUAUGUGAAUAGUCCUGUAGUGUCUUUUUCGAAUUAAAUCCCCCCCAAAAUAUACUGACUUCAUUCAGUGUCCAGAAAUGUGAAUUAAGCACAUGUAUGCUGUCUCAUUUACAUAUUUUGUUACAAUAUUUCAGAUUUUUUUUUCAAUUUGACAUGUUUAAGGAGAUAAAGGGUGUGGUGCCCGGCCUUGUAUACUAUCCAGGCCUCGUGUAACUGCAAUCCUAAAGUAUUAUUCAUUCUACUGACCUUUUUAAAAACAUUCUGAUUGACAACAAAUAUGUUAUGAUAGAUUUUGAUCAAGAAAUCUUUAAGAUUUUAAUGUCUAUUUCAGACUCCAUAACAUCCAUAAUGGUCGUUUUUCAGCUCUAAAGUAAUGAUGGAAAUGACAGUCUUUCAAAAUGAUAGUUUUUCAGCUGUUCAGCUGUGUUCAGCUAAGCCUUUCCUUCGAAAUGACAAUCCAUGUUUUGACCUAAGACUUAUAAACUCACAUACUCAUUAAAAGCUUGUCCAUUUCAUGUAACAUCCAUAACGUUUCUUAUUACCUUUAUUUCUCCAACAUGCCAAUAUUUAGAAAUCCACUUUUUGGGGGGUAUACAGGGUAUCCCAGUGGAAGCUGGUGGGAGAAGCUAUAAGAGGGCGGACUCAUUGUAAUGUCUGGAACGGAGUUCAUGGAACGGUAUCAAACACAUCAAACAUAUGGAGCCGUACUCCUAUAGCUCCUCCCACCAGCCUCCACUGGUAUACACUCACCCCAAGGGGUACUAUAGACACACACAUCAAAAGUUUAAUUCUGUGAGACAUUACAUUUGUGAUUUUGCAUACAAAAUGUAAUGUCCAUAAUGCUGGAAUCGCCCUUCUAUUUAAUUCUGUGGGGAUAUUAACCUACAUUUGAAUGACUGGAACAUUGGACAGUAGGACAUCUUAGCUACCCACUGUGCCUUUAUUAACCCUGUGAAUAACAAUUCAUUCCAUUUCAUGAUUAGGUCCAGAUUGAUAUCUGGCCUGGUCAUAAAUGGCCCUUCAUAUUUUGAGAUGUUUAUUGCGUGUGUGUGUGUGUGUGUGUGUGUGUGUGUGUGUGUGUGUGUGUGUGUGUGUGUGCGUGUGUUACUUUAUUUAUUAAAUUUAUCACCAGUGAAAACAACUCCCGAGUGAACAUGGGUUUAUCCAAGUAUUGACAGUCCCACUGGCCAUUUUUUUGUUGUGAUGGAAUGUAAAUUACUUCCAGCUGUGUUUGUGCUGUACACCAACUGCCAUUUCUCUCUCUGUCUCCAUCUGAAGGUUACAACAUGAAGACUUUCAUUCUUUUAUAUUUUCUAGGACUAACUUGCAAGAAGGUUGGUCAAGAUUUCAGCUAUAUGUUUGUAGCAGACCAAAUACUUAAUUACAAACUUGAAAAUGGGCCCUAUUCCAUAAUAAUUGUAUAAUGUAUCUUUGUUUUAUUUUGUGGUUUGUUCCUGUUGAACAUAUGUACUUGAGUAAUAAUGUGAUGUGUUUUUGUUGCUGUUGCUCAGGUCUCCGCAAUGGGUAAGUUAAUUUAAAUGUUUCCCUAUUUUGAAGAUGAUGUCUACCUCCCAAAUGGCACCCUUACGGUGCACUACCCUAGCCCUAUUCCCUUUAGUGCACUACUUUCAGCCAGAGAUGGCUGCAGGUAGCCUCCUACAGCUUGUCAGAUCAGUCUGGUUGUAGGAGGCUAUGCUCCAAGUGCCAUAAUCUAUAGUCUGGAAGCGAUCCAGAAAUGAAGGUGCCACUAGGGUUGUUGGGGUCAAUUCCAUUUCAACUCAGUUAAUUCAGGAAGCAUUGACUGAAUAGAAAUUAAAUUGACCCCAACCCUGCCAUAUAGCUAACAUAGGAAUGUGACAGGGUUCCAUUAUCAUGACGUAGUGCUGUUGAUAGAGGUAUGGGUAAACAGUGAGCAUCUGCCAGUUUAUCAUUUGCAUGCCCGCUCUUAAUCUGAAUUCCUUGUACAGUACUUCCUUUAUGACCGGAAAACUUUACAUAAACUUUACAUCAUCUAGUUUUAAAGUAUGUUUUGCAUGUUUCAGACAACUCAACAAAAGUCUACUAUAUGGAACUGAGAACCGAGAAGUCCAUACCGGACAACUAUAUAUCUGAUAUACUCAACAAUUUUAAAAUUGACAAUCCCGUGAGUGUUGACACCUUUAAAAUUACAACAGGUAAAUAUGUACGCAAUAUUGUAGCUGGUUUACUAAUGCAGUAUCAAAUACUCUAACUUGGGAAACAUUAGUAAACUUACAGUAAAUACACACACAAGUCUAACCCAGUGUCCAUUCAGUAUAGGCCUAUAUGAAUCAAACUCUAUAUGUGCCUACAUAAUGUGUUCCCUUAAUUUUCUAUUUAUUUCCAUUUUAUUUAUUUUGGGGUAAAUACAGCUAAAAUUAUGUAUUGAAAUUAUUUCAACAGAUUGUGUCCCUCUUGAAAACCAAACUCAGUGCACUUGCGAGCUAGGGCAUAUCUGGAGUGAAGCAGUGUGUCAGUCUUCACCUAACUGUUGUCAACAAAAAAACUGCACAUUUAAAAACCUAAACACAAAACCAAUGUGUCUCCCUGAAACAAGAGGUAUUGUGUGAGUGUGUGUGUGUGUGUGUGUGUGUGUGUGUGUGUGUGUGUGUAUAAUCCAUGUGUAAAUAAUCAAACAUACCAGUCCGUCAACUUGUUUGCAUUUUCCAUAAGCCAGUUCAAAAACAGAAUGCAAAAUGGCCCAGUACACAUGGGAAAUAAUGAUCUCUGUUAUUCACAGUUACUGUCGACGGAUUACUUACCAUACCUGGAGAGGUAUAUUAUGAGAGUCUCAGCAAUCCACAAUCUGCUGAAUAUAUGGCAUUGUAUAACAAAUUAUUGCCACAGGUAUGUGUCAAAUUUACUGUAAAUAUAAACAAAUAAAUAAAUAAAUAAAUAAAUAAAUAUAAAUAUAUAUGUUUAAGAUGUGGUCGAGGACUUCCAAAAAUUCUCUUUUUUUUUAAACAACAUAGAACCCAAAUGCAAAAAAAGAGAAAAAUCCAACCUUUUAUUUAAGUACAUUACUUUGGUGGUAAAAAAAAAAUCACACAUUUAGAAAAAGAAAAACUUGAAAUCAUGUGUCCCACAAUUAUUGGCACCCCUAACAAUUCAGCUGAAAUUUUUAAUUGAUUUUUAAAAAAAUAUAUUUUUCUGUAGUUGCUAAACUUGGUCAGGGUAUCUAGGAACUUUUAAUAUGUAAUUCAUGACUUCCUGUUUCCCUGGGGUAUAAAUAUGACGUGACACAGAGGCCUAAUUCUCUUACCCAUUUGUCAACAUGGCAAAGACAAGAGAACACACCAUUCAAGUAAGGCAGAUUUGUGUCGACCUUCAUAAGUCAGGCAAUGGCUACAAGAAAAUAGCCACUCGCCUUAACUUGCCCGUAUCUACAGUCAGAGGAAUCAUUAAGAAGUUUAAAACAACUGGAACAGUGACAAACAAGGCUGGAAGAGGUCCCAAGUUUAUCUUGCCACAACGCACAGUGAGGAGGAUGGUAAGAGAAGUAAAAAAAAGUCCUAAGCUCACUGUCACAGAAUUGCAUCAAAUAGUGGCAUCUUGGGGUCACAAAGUCUCCAAAACAACCAUCAGACGCUCUCUACAUGCCAACAAGCUGUUUGGGAGGCAUGCAAGGAAAAAGCCUUUUCUCACUAACACUCACAAACCUAAACGUCUGGAGUUUGCUAAGCGGCACUGGGACUUCAACUGGGAUCGUGUGCUUUGGUCAGAUGAGACUAAGAUUGAGCUUUUUGGCAACAAACACUCUAAGUGGGUCUGGCGUAAAACAAAAGAUGAGUAUGCCGAAAAGCACCUCAUGCCCACCGUGAAGUAUGGUGGAGGAUCUGUGAUGCUGUGGGCCUGUUUCUCUUCCAAAGGCCCUGGGAACCUUGUUAGGGUGCAUGGCAUUUUGAACGCUUUGAACUACCAGGACAUUUUAAAUAAAAACCUGAUGGCCUCUGCCAGAAAGCUGAAGAUGGGUCGUCAUUGGGUCUUUCAGCAGGAUAAUGAUCCAAAACAUGUGGCAAAAUCUACACAAAAAUGGUUCAGCAGUCACAAACUCAAGGUCCUCCCAUGGCCAUCUCAGUCCCCAGACCUCAACCCAAUCGAAAACCUGUGGGGCGAGCUAAAGAGGAGAGUGCAUAAGAGAGGACCCAGGACACUGGAUGAUCUAGAAAGAUUGUGCAAAGAAGAAUGGUCAAAGAUCCCUCUCUCUGUGUUCUCCAAUCUUGUGAAAUGUUAUAAGAGGAGAUGAAGUGCUGUCUUGUUGGCAAAAGGGGGUUGUACAAAGUAUUAACAUCAGGGGUGCCAAUCAUUGUGGGACACAUGAUUUCAAGUUUUUUUUUUUUCUAAAUGUGUGAUUUUUUUUUUACACCAAAGUAAUGUACUUAAAUAAAAGGUUGGAUUUUUCUCUUUUUUUGCAUUUGGGUUCUAUGUUGUUUUUAAAAAAAUGAGAAUUUUUGGAAGUCCUCGACCACAUCUUAAACAGGGGUGCCAAUAAUAGUGGAGGGCACUGUAUAUAUAUAUAUAUAUAUAUAUAUAUAUAUAUAUAUACACACACACAGUGGGGGAAAAAAGUGUUUAGUCAGCCACCAAUUGUGCAAGUUCUCCCACUUAAAAAGAUGAGAGAGGCCUGUAAUUUUCAUCAUAGGUACACGUCAACUAUGACAGACAAAUUGAGAAGAAAAAAAAUCCAGAAAAUCACAUUGUAGGAUUUUUAAUGAAUUUUUUGCAAAUUAUGGUGGAAAAUAAGUAUUUGGUCACCUACAAACAAGCAAGAUUUCUGGCUCUCACAGACCUGUAACUUCUUCUUUAAGAGGCUCCUCUGUCCUCCACUCGUUACCUGUAUUAAUGGCACCUGUUUGAACUUGUUAUCAGUAUAAAAGACACCUGUCCACAACCUCAAACAGUCACACUCCAAACUCCACUAUGGCCAAGACCAAAGAGCUGUCAAAGGACACCAGAAACAAAAUUGUAGACCUGCACCAGGCUGGGAAGACUGAAUCUGCAAUAGGUAAGCAGCUUGGUUUGAAGAAAUCAACUGUGGGAGCAAUUAUUAGGAAAUGGAAGACAUACAAGACCACUGAUAAUCUCCCUCGAUCUGGGGCUCCACGCAAGAUCUCACCCCGUGGGGUCAAAAUGAUUACAAGAACGGUGAGCAAAAAUCCCAGAACCACACGUGGGGACCUAGUGAAUGACCUGCAGAGAGCUCGGACCAAAGUAACAAAGCCUACCAUCAGUAACACACUACGCCGCCAGGGACUCAAAUCCUGCAGUGCCAGACGUGUCCCCCUGCUUAAGCCAGUACAUGUCCAGGCCCGUCUGAAGUUUGCUAGAGUGCAUUUGGAUGAUCCAGAAGAGGAUUGGGAGAAUGUCAUAUGGUCAGAUGAAACCAAAAUAGAACUUUUUGGUAAAAACUCAACUCGUCGUGUUUGGAGGACAAAGAAUGCUGAGUUGCAUCCAAAGAACACAUUUUUACAUUACAUUUACGUCAUUUAGCAGACACUCUUAUCCAGAGCGACUUACAAAUUGGUGCAUUCACCCUAUAGCCAGUGGGAUAACCACUUUACAAAUCUUGAAGGAUUACUUUAUCCUAUCCCAGGUAUUCCUUAAAGAGGUGGGGUUUCAAAUGUCUCCGGAAGGUGGUGAGUGACUCCGCUGUCCUGGCGUCGUGAGGGAGCUUGUUCCACCAUUGGGGUGCCAGAGCAGCGAACAGUUUUGACUGGGCUGAGCGGGAAUUAUGCUUCCGCAGAGGAAGGGGAGCCAGCAGGCCAGAGGUGGAUGAUCGCAAUGCCCUCGUUUGGGUGUAGGGACUGAUCAGAGCCUGAAGGUACGGAGGUGCCGUUCCCCUCACAGCUCCAUAGGCAAGCACCAUGGUCUUGUAACAGAUGCGAGCUUCAACUGGAAGCCAGUGGAGUGUGCGGAGGAGCGGGGUGACGUGAGAGAACUUGGGAAGGUUGAACACCAGACGGGCUGCGGCAUUCUGGAUGAGUUGUAGGGGUUUAAUGGCACAGGCAGGGAGCCCAGCCAACAGCGAGUUGCAGUAAUCCAGACGGGAGAUGACAAGUGCCUGGAUUAGGACCUGUGCCGCUUCCUGUGUAAGGCAGGGUCGUACUCUCCGAAUGUUGUAGACCAUGAACCUGCAGGAUCGGGUCACCGCCUUGAUGUUAGCGGAGAACGACAGGGUGUUGUCCAGGGUUACGCCAAGGCUGUUCGCACUCUGGGAGGAGGACACAACGGAGUUGUCAACCGUGAUGGCGAGAUCAUGGAACGGGCAGUCCUUCCCCGGGAGGAAGAGCAGCUCCGUCUUGCCAGGGUUCAGCUUGAGGUGGUGAUCCGUCAUCCAUACUGAUAUGUCUGCCAGACAUGCAGAGAUGCGAUUCGCCACCUGGUUAUCAGAAGGGGGAAAGGAGAAGAUUAGUUGUGUAUCGUCAGCGUAGCAAUGAUAGGAGAGGCCAUGUGAGGAUAUGACAGAGCCAAGUGACUUGGUGUAUAGGGAGAAUAGGAGAGGGCCUAGAACUGAGCCCUGGGGACACCAGUGGUGAGAGCACGUGGUGCGGAGACAGCUUCUCGCCACGCCACUUGGUAGGAGCGACCGGUCAGGUAGGACGCAAUCCAGGAGUGAGCCGCGCCGGAGAUGCCCAGCUCGGAGAGGGUGGAGAGGAGGAUCUGAUGGUUCACAGUAUCAAAGGCAGCAGACAGGUCUAGAAGGACAAGAGCAGAGGAGAGAGAGUUAGCUUUAGCAGUGCGGAGAGCCUCCGUGACACAGAGAAGAGCAGUCUCAGUUGAAUGACCAGUCCUGAAACCUGACUGGUUUGGAUCAAGAAGGUCAUUCUGAGAGAGAUAGCACCAUACCUACUGUGAAGCAUGGGGGUGGAAACAUCAUGCUUUGGGGCUGUUUUUCUGCAAAGGGACCAGGACGACUGAUCCGUGUAAAGGAAAGAAUGAAUGGGGCCAUGUAUCGUGAGAUUUUGAGUGAAAAACUUAUUCCAUCAGCAAGGGCAUUGAAGAUGAAACGUGGCUGGGUCUUUCAGCAUGACAAUGAUCCCAAAUACACCGCCCGGGCAACGAAGGAGUGGCUUCGUAAGAAGCAUUUCAAGGUCCUGGAGUGGCCUAGCCAGUCUCCAGAUCUCAACCCCAUAGAAAAUCUUUGGAGGGAAACAUCACUGCUCUAGAGGAGAUCUGCAUGGAGGAAUGGGCCAAAAUACCAGCAACAGUGUGUGAAAACCUUGUGAAGACUUACAGAAAACGUUUGACCUGUGUCAUUGCCAACAAAGGGUAUAUAACAAAGUAUUGAGAAACUUUUGUUAUUGACCAAAUACUUAUUUUCCACCAUAAUUUGCAAAUAAAUUCAUUAAAAAUCCUACAAUGUGAUUUUCUGGGGGGAAAAAAUUCUCAUUUUGUCUGUCAUAGUUGACAUGUACCUAUGAUGAAAAUUACAGGCCUCUCUCAUCUUUUUAAGUGGGAGAACUUGCACAAUUGGUGGCUGACUAAAUACUUUUUUCCCCCACUGUAUAUAUAUAUAUGGGAAUGGGUUACAACAAGGUUAACCAAAGUUCGAUUUUAAGGUUGUUAUUUUAUUGGUGAAAAGACACAGAAUGAAGAGGAACUAUAAUUUAGAGGGUGAUAUAUUAUUUAGAUGGUUGUAUAUGGUAUUUGCAAGAAUAUAUGUUGACAAUAUACACUUCAAAGAUCUAUGUGCAUGACCAUUAUCAUUUAAAAAAAAAUAUAUGCAAUCCCUUUUUUUCUUCUUCCUUUUAGAUGAAAGCGUUGUACAGUACAUUAAAUUCGUUUGACAACAUACGCAUCACAGGGUUCAGGUAAUUCAGCUUGUUUACAUUCUAUGUUAUAUUUUGUGUGGGAUUGACAUACAGUAGAGCUGAUCUUGUCCCAUGUUUUUGCUUUAAGUCGUGGUAGUGUCAUCGUUCAUUUUGAAUUGACCUUCAACAACAUUUCAGCUGACGACCUUGCAAUCAAAACAGCAGAAUUGCAAAAAACACUCAAUGCUACGUUCACGCUAGAGACAACAGGUAUGUCUAUCUAAAUCAGGGGCUAGCUACAUCGGGGGCUAGCUACAUCGGGGGGCCGUAUGUAUCAAGCAUCUCAGAUUAGGAGUGCUGAUCUAGGAUCAGUUUGGCCUUUUAGAUCACAAUGGCUGUGUUUACACAGGCAGCCAGUUCUGACCUUUUUUCCCCAAAUUGCCCAAUUAUUGGCAAAAGAGCUAAUCUGAUUGAUCAAAUGAAACCAAUUAGUGGCAAAAUAUCAGAAUUGGUCUGACUGUAUAAACACAGUCAAUUAAUAAUAUUACAUGGACAAGGGGACCUGAUCCCGGAUCAGCAUGCCUACUCUGAGACACUUGAUACAGUGCAUUUGGAAAGUAUUCAGACCACUUCACUUUUUCCACAUUUUGUUACGUUACAGCCUUAUUCUAAAAGGGAUUCAAUUGUUUUUCCUCCCUCAUCAAUCUACACACAAUACCCCAUAAUGACAAAGCAAAAACAGGUUUUUAGAAAUUGUUGCAAAUGUAUUAAAAAUAAGAAACUGAAAUAUCACAUUACUCAGUACUUUGUUGAAGCACCUUUGGCAGCGAUUACAAAAGCAUACCCACAAAACAUACAGGUUGGUUUCCACCAUUUUAGCUACUAGGCUACAGUUGAAGUAUGAAGUUUACAUACACUUAGGUUGGAGUCAUUUAAACUUGUUUUUCAUCCCCUCCACAAAUUUAUUGUUAACAAACUAUAGUUUUGGCAAGUCAGUUAGGACAUCUACUUUGUGCAUGACAAGUAAUUUUUCCAACAAUUGUUGACAUACAGAUUAUUUCACUUAUAAUUCACUGUAUCACAAUUCCAGUGGGUCAGAAGUUUACAUACACUAAGUUGACUGUGCCUUUAAACAGCUUGGAAAAUUCCAGAAAAUUAUGUCAAGGCUUUAGAAGCUUCUGAUAGGCUAAUUGACAUAAUUUGAGUCAAUUGGAGGUGUACAUGUGGACGUACUUCAAGGCCUACCUUCAAACUCAGUGCCUCUUUGCUUGACAUCAUGGGAAAAUCAAAAGAAAUCAGCCAAGACCUCAGAAAAAAAUUGUAGACCUCCACAAGUCUGGUUCAUCCUUGGGAGCAAUUUUCAAACGCCUGAAGGUACCACGUUCAUCUGUACAAACAAUAGUACGCAAGUAUAAACACCAUGGGACCACGCAGCCAUCAUACCACUCAGGAAGGAGACGCGUUCUAUCUCCUAGAGAUGAACGUACUUUGGUGCGAAAGUGCAAAUCUAUCCCAGAACAACAGCAAAGGACCUUGUGAAGAUGCUGGAGGAAACAGGUACAAAAGUAUCUAUAUCCACAGUAAAACUAGUCCUAUAUCGACAUAACCUGAAAGGCCGCUCAGCAAGGAAGAAGCCACUGCUCCAAAACCACCAUAAAAAAGCCAGACUACGGUUUGCAACUGCACAUGGGGACAAAGAUCAUACUUUUUGGAGAAAUGUCCUCUGGUCUGAUUAAACAAAAAUAGAACUGUUUGGCCAUAAUGACCAUUGUUAUGUUUGGAGGAAAAAGGGGAAGGCUUGCAAGCCGAAGAACACCAUCCCAACCGUGAAGCACGGGGGUGGCAGCAUCAUGCUGUGGGGGUGCUUUGCUGCAGGAGGGACUGGUGCACUUCACAAAAUAGAUGUCAUCAUGAGGAAGGAAAAUGAUGUGGAUAUAUUGAAGCAACAUCUCAAGACAUCUGUCAGGAAGUUAAAGCUUGGUCGCAAAUGGGUCUUCCAAAUGGACAAUGACCCCAAGCAUACUUCCAAAGUUGUGGCAAAAUGGCUUAAGGACAACAAAGUCAAGGUAUUGGAGUGGCCAUCACAAAGCCCUGACCUCAAUCCUAUAGAAAAUGUGUGGGCAGAACUGAAAAAGCGUGUGCGAGCAAGGAGUCCUACAAACCUGACUCAGUUACACCAGCUCUGUCAGGAGGAAUGGGCCAAAAUUCACCCAAUUUAUUGUGGGAAGCUUGUGGAAGGCUACCCGAAACAUUUGACCCAAGUUAAACAAUUUAAAGGCAAUGCUACCAAAUACUAAUUGACCCACUGGGAAUGUGAUGAAAUAAAUAAAAGCUGAAAAAAAUCAUUCUCUCUACUAUUAUUCUGACAUUUCACAUUCUUAAAAUAAAGUGGGGAUCCUAACUGACCUAAAACAGGGAAUUUUUACUAGGAUUAAAUAUCAGGAAUUGUGAAAAACUGAGUUUAAAUGUAUUUGGCUAAGGUGUUUGUAAACUUCCGACUUCAACUGUAUACACUCAUCCACACAGAUAUACACUCAUCCACACAGAUAUACACUCAUCCACACACACAGCUACCAGACUCUGUUAUUGCUAAAUACUGCAAAAACACUUGCGACCAAUCCCCCCUUCCCCAAAACACGUGUAAAUAUUGGACUGUAAAUUGUGCCUUCCUGUAUUAUACUGAUGCUAACAUGUUUAUUCUAUUCUACUGAGCCAUUUACUUUAUGUUCAUAUUCUUAUCUUUUAUUAUUUCUUAUUGUUGUUGCAUUGUCGAGAAGGAACCUGCAAGUAAGCAUUUAAUUGGACGGUGUAUGCAGUGUGUAUCCUGAACAUACGACUAAUAAAACUUGAAACUUGAAAACAUUUCUAUAGCGCUUUUCCAGAGCUCAAAGAGCUUUACAUAGUAAGGGGGGGAAACUCACCUCUUGCACCACUAAUGUGUAGCAGCACCCUAGGGUGAUGCACAGCUCACCACACAUCAGCUAGCAUGGUGGAGAGUUGAGGAGCUACUAAAUGUUCUGUGUACUUUUCUCUUACAGGCCUUGUUGAGAUCAAAGUACCAGAAGGCCCGGUAAAAUAUGGUUCUACCCAGACAAUAUUCUGCCAAACCAAGGAGGACAUGAACCCAAUUAAAUGGGCUUUGACAAGCAGUCAAAAUAAAACAAAUGACGUUACAACAGGUACUGAGUCUACGGUGACACCCACGAGUAGGAACUUCACAGUUGUCCUCAGACAGGCAUCGGAGGUCUGGGAAGGUAUGUGUUAUCUGUUAUUUGUAUGGUGUAGUAGAAGAUGAUAGGACAGGUCACAGGGCCAAUUAGACAGCGGUUGUGUCCCAAAUGGCACCCUAUUCCCUAUAGGCACAUGUCAAAAGUAGUGCACUAUAUAAGGAAAAGGGCGCUAUUUGGGACACAUUCAUUAUUUGCAAUUAUGCAUGGAAUUUCAUAUUUUUUCUCUGUGCUGAAAGGUCUGUGCAGAUAUAGGCCUACAGUUUGUGAAUUGGAGUUCGUUGGGUGAAUUGCACUUUUAUGAUGAGCGAGUUGGCUGAGGACUUGUGCUAGCUCCCAGAACUAAUGCCUAGGCUUUAGGUCAGUGGGCUAACGUGGUCUUGAGUCACGCAGACUAACUCAUUGUAAGCAAAACAGUAAAAACACAUUUUAUAUUUUCUUUUCUUUUAACUGCAGGGCUGUACAUGUGUGUCUUCAAUCCAAAAUCAUCCAACGUGACCAUAAAACACAAAGCCAGUGCCACACUAGACAUAGCGCUACUGCCACAAAUUGAUAUUAGUAGCACGCCCCAAUUUCCAGACUGCUCCAUGGUACAAAAUGAAGACACUAGAAUCCUUGUCACAGUUCAAUGUGAAAUUAAUAAUAUCGCUGAAAACUAUCAAGUGACAUGGAGUACGACCCACACUGAAAGUCCAUUAAAUAAUCGAACAGGUAAUUUUCUUCCCUUCAUGGUCUUCACACGUUAAUACACUAUGUUUUAGACUAUGUUAUAACAGUUGCUAUUAAAAUGAAAUUAGGAGCAAAGUUAACACAUUUGACAGUUAAAUCUUGUAAUUUAUCCCUCCACAGAUGUUACCAGUAACAGCAUAAUUUACAGGAUUGAUACGACUGUUAGCUGCAGAGAUUCAGAAAAGCCAACUGUAACAUGUACAUUUAUGAACAUCCUGUCCCAAGAGAGAAAUGCCACUGUCAAUAUCCCCGUUAUCUACCGUAGGUUUUCAGUACCAUUACCCAGCAUGCACAGUGUAUUCUCCCAUAUGAACAAUGAUGCUCUAAAAUGGUACAGUAACAUUCAGCAGCAUGCCCAAAUCUUUUUGGAAUGGGUAACAAAUGCAAGCAUAAUUUCAGUGAAAUCAAAGAUAAAUAUACUGAACAAAAAUAUAAACGCAACAUGCAACAAUCUCACGAUUUUACUGAGUUACAGUAAACUAUGGAUUUCACAUGACUGGGCAGGGUCGCAGCCAUGGGUGGGCCUGGGAGGGCAUCAGAAUGAGUUUUUCCCCACAAAAGGGCUUUAUUACAGACAGAAAUACUCCUCCGUUUCAUCAGCGGUCCGGGUGGCUGGUCUCAUACGAUCCCGCAGGUGAAGAAGCCGGAUGUGGAGGUCCUGGGCUGGCGUGCUUAGACGUGGUCUGCGGUUGUGAGGCCGGUUGGACGUACUGCCAAAUUCUCUAAAACGACGUUGGAGGUGGCUUUUGGUAGAGAAAUGAACAUUCAAUUCUCUGGCAUCAGCUCUGGUGGACAUUCCUGCAGUCAGCAUGCCAAUUGCACGCUCCCUAAAAACUUGAGACAUCUGUGGCAUUGUGUUGUGUGACAAAACUGCACAUUUUAGAGUGGCCUUUUUUUGUCCCCAGCACAAGGUGCACCUGUGUGUAAUGAUCAUGCUGUUUAAUCAGCUUCUUGAUAUGCCACACCUGUCAGAUGGAUGGAUUAUCUUGGCAAAGGAGAAAUGUUCACUAACAGGGAUGUAAACAAAUUUGUACACAAAAUUUGACAGAAAAAAAGCUUUUGUGCGUAUGGAAAAAUUCUGGGAUCUUUUAUUUCAGCUCAUGAAACAUGGGACCAACACUUUACAUGUUGCCUUUAUAUUUUUGUUCAGUCUAGUUUUUUGUAUUUUUUUGUAUUCUUGGGCGAGUUCCAGGACGACUUCACUACAGACGUUGCAUUGUAUCAAACAUGGGUUGUGCGACAUGUCAUCGACUUCAGUCGGGCAUCAGAUUGCUAUGUCCAUCCAUCCAGCUAGGUUAUCAUCCUAUCCAGCUAGGUUAUCAUCUUAUCCAGCUAGGUUAUCAUCCUAUCCAGGCGUUGUGAGAUCUGGCAGGCGACUUCUGUCUUGACAAACAUUCCACUCUAUUUCUUGUUCAUCUAACUGGUGAAAAAAUGGUAAAGAUGUCUUGAAUGUCUAUUUCUUACUUAUUGUCAAAGAUUGUUGUUUAUUUCCACAGAGAAUUCAAAUUCUUGUAAAGCUGAUGGUGACUGGCCAAAAGCAAAGGCUGAAUUUCAGGCAGUGCUGAAGUGUAAAGAUGGUAUUGGAAAAAGAAAGAGACUGUGUUUGAAUAAUCGAUAUUGGAAUGAUGAAAUAUCGAACUGUGUAAAUGUAGAUCUACAUGAUAUCCUAAUGGAUUCACAGGUAUUACAACUCUAAUCAUUUUUUAAAGGGGCAAUCUGGGAUUAGUACAUCUGUUUCUGGACAUUUAAAUGAAUGAUAUAUCAUGGGUCGUUCCACGAAAAGAGCCUUCCAUCACCAUCCCCCCUUUGAUAUUUUAAGUAGAAAUUGUGCACCAAUAUUGAAUUUUAAAAGCCUGUUAUAUUAAAUGAAGUGCACUUUAAUAUAGACAUUUUUUUGUCAUUUUAGCAGACGCUCUUAUCCAGAGCGACUUACAGGAGCAAUCAGGGUUAAGUGCCUUGCUCAAGGGCACAUCUACAGAUUUUUCACCUAGUCGACUCGGGGAUUAGAACCAGCGACCUUUCGGUUACUGGCACAACGCUCUUAACCACUAAGCUACCUGCCGCCCCAUGAAUAAUUAUAUAAAUCUGAUUUUUAAUAUGCAUAAAAACUUGCUAAAGUGACAAUUCUGCAUCCCUCCGCACAACCUCUUUGCCUUCUAGGAAGAUGUUAACACUUUAAACAGCUGGACCUCACUACCCCCUUAUUACGUCAACGAGCAGCCAUUUUGACUGCAAUGUUCUAACAGUCUAAUAAAUACAUUUCAUAUAUGCUAUCAGAAAUGUUUUCCUUUGGUUGUGUUUAUGAAGGUAUUGGGUAACAUUAGAAUAUGAAGAAAAAAAAUAGUAUACAUUUUUUUUAGCAUUUUCAUUAGUUUAUGUUACUGUAAGCGAUCUGCUGCAGCGUGCUCAUGUGUGGAGCACAAAGGAACAGAGGUUAUUCUUGGAAUAAGUUAUAUUUUGAACUAGAGCUCAUCGCUUACAUUUUAAGAGUUAUUUGGCAAAGGGAAGUGUUUUGGAAACCUCAGAAUCUGUUCUCUGAUAGUAUACUACUUUACUAUUUGAAAAAGUCACUUCAAACUGCUUAUAACACAAAUUAUGUUUGUGAUAUUGAAAAAUCAAAUAUCAUAAGUGUUAAAUAUACUUAUUUAGGAAAAGUCAAGGACGGAGGGGGGCUUGACUUUAAAAAUUGCAGACAUAUUUCCAUUUUAAAUUCAUAUGCAGUCAAAAUGACUGGAUCGGCGGUUCUAGUGUUAAUCCACAUCACACCACAAUGUCUCCAUGUUUUCACCAUCAUUGUAAAGCCCUAGUUAUUUUGUUGCUUUCUGAAGAUUAUUGUUUAUUUAUUUAUAGAUAAGAAAGGCUAGAAAAGUUUUUUUGUGAAUAAUUAAAUUGCCACUCCCUGUUGUCAAAAGGGGAUUGAUUUAUGGCUGAUUUAAGAUGAAAUCGUCAACACUGUUAUGGUCAACCCUGUUAUGGUCAACUCUUACUUUAUUUGGCACUGAUUAGGCACUUACUAUAGGUCUUUGUUUUAAGUGUUGAGAUGGGAAAACUUUUUUUUUCUGGAAGUUGAACAUGUGCUCUUUAUGACAGAAUGUUAAAAUUAGGUGAAAUCAAAGUUAGACUUCUCAAAAGGCACCGAACUGGUGGGUCGACCCAUAGAGCCAUUCAUUAUAGAAUAAUUGAACUUAAAUGACUCAUGAGCUUAGUCCAACUGUUGUACGCAAAAUAUAAGCUUGUUCUUUAUUCCAUUGUUUGUAAACAAUGUAUUUGUAAACAAACACUAGCUUCAAAACAUGGUUAAAACUGUAAUUUUGAUCUUAUUCAGAGUGGUUACAUUUCUCCAUCACCAUCCCUCAGCUGUUUCCCAAAACAGGUGGCGGGGUGCCCGUGUUGUCAUUUAAAUUACUUUUUGUUAUUAUAAUGCAUAAUGACAUAAAUUUGCCACUGCUCUAAACUGUCGUCUUUUAAAUGCAUUUUCCUUCUGUCAUUACAGAACCUUGCAAUAGGACUUGGGUCAGUUGAAAAAAAUGCUGGGGACAUAUUUUCACGUCUGAACUCUUCCACCUUUACCCCCAAUUCCAUCAACACUUAUGCUAAUAUAAAUGCUUCCGUGUCCAUUCUCUCCACCAUGUACAAUGUAAUCAAUGCAUCUCAAAACAAUUACACACUGAAUGACGCUCAAUUAAAAGUAAGUAUCAUCCAAAAUCAUCUUUACCAGAAUGUUAUCUAUCUGUUCUUCAGUAUGUAUUAUUUAUAAUAACAAAAGAUUAAGUAAACAUUAAAAAAAAAAAAAAAUUAAAUUGACUAAAAUAUGAAUCCCCCCAACCCCCUCUUUCAGGAUGCCCUAUCAUCAUCCAGCAAUCUUUUGGAUGGCGCUCUUAAAACGUCAUGGGACAUAUCCAUCUGACAUUGACAACACAUCCAUGGCUGAAAGAUAUCUGCUUUCUGUUGAGGGCCUGGUUAAACAGUCAGAUGUCCAGAAUAUAACAUACCAACACACAAACGUAGAGUUGAAUGGCUGUAAGCCGGAGACACCUUGUGAGAACAAAGUUUUCAACGUCACCGUAAUCAUGAAGACUAGCUCCAAUUUGGUUAAAACUAUAGGUUUUAAAUCUCUCAGUGAAUACCUACCACAGAAGGAACAAAAAGACUCUAAACCAAACAGCAUCGUGGUGUCCACUACCAUUGGUAAAGGAUCUGGAGCGAUCUCAAUAGACUUCCAGUUGAUCAAUAAAAGACCCCGCAACCACAUGAUACAGUGUGUAUAUUGGGAUUUUACGAAACACCAAUGGUCUGAUAAAGGUUGUAAAUGGGGUGGUCCUGAUAACGAAAACCAUUGCGAAUGCAACCACUUAUCCUCGUUCACCACCCUCAUGUCAAAGAACCCCAGAGAUUAUUCCCUAUAUGAAUGAGAUAACCUAUGCGGGCUUGGCCGUCUCAAUUGUCUCACUUCUUUGCUGUCUGGUGAUAGAAUGUCUUGUGUGGAAAUCUGUUGUCAAGUCUAGCGUCUCAUAUUGUCGCCACACAGCCCACAUUAACAUCUGCCUGUGUUUACUGAUAGCCGACUGCAGCUUUCUCGCCUCCGCUUUUCCCGACAAGAUCCCAAAAAUUGGUGUCAGAUCUUUGUGGUAGUUAAGCAUUUCUGCUACCUGGCCAUGUUCUUCUGGAUGUUGUGCCUGAGUAUCAUGGUUCUCCAUCAGAUGAUAUUUAUGUUCCAUCAGAUGAGCAAGAAGGUUUGCUUGGGCGUGUGCUUUUUCGUCGGCUAUUGCUGUCCACUGUUAAUAGUUUUCAUUACAUUUAUCACCUACAAUAGUGGCGAGGAGAACUUAUACUAUACCUCUGACACGUGUUGGUUGGUUUAUAAUGGGUUUUUAAAGGGCUCGAUCUUCACGUUCAUUCUGCCUGUCGGUACUAUUGUGGUAAUCAAUGUGUUCUGCAUGAUAGUGGUUAUCAUGAGGCUCUUGAGACCAAGUAUUGAGGUCAACACUAAGGAUGAAAAAGAAGUGGUCAAAGGUAUCCUAAAAGCGAUUGUCCUCCUAACCCCAAUCUUUGGAGGGACAUGGAUUUUUGGAUUUUUUGUUUUGGUGUUUGACAUCACCAAAGGACCUACUAGCCUACCUGGUGAACUAUGCCUUCCUUCUGCUGAACGCAUUCCAGGUAUGACUGAGAUCAGGGUUGGGUCAAUUCCAUUUCAAUUCAGUUAGAGUGAAUUGGAAGGGAAUUGAACCCAUCAUUGACUAAGAUACAAUUGUCUUUUCCCUCUUCAGGUCACAUGGUUUUAAUGUCGUUUUUUUAUACUCUUACAGGGUCUCUUCAUUCUACUCACCACAUAUUUUGGAGAAAAAACGGUAAGCUACUUAAAGGUCCAAUACAGCUGUUUUAUCUAAAUAUCAAAUCAUUUCUGGGUAACAAUGAAGUACCUUACUGUGAUUGUUUUAAAUUAAAAUGGUCAAAAAUAAACAAAUUGCUUCUUAGCAAAGAGCAAUUUCUCAAGCAAUAAUUUUUCUAUUUCUGACUGGGAGUGGUCUGAGUGGGGAGGGGAAAACUGAAAACUAACUGUUAUUGGCAGAGGACUCUACAAGGUGUCGAAAGCCUUCCAUAGGAAUGCUGGCCCAUGUUGACUCCAAUGCUUCCCACAGUUGUGUCAAAUUGGCUGGAUGUCCUUUGGGUGGUAGACCGUACUUGAUACACAUUGGAAACUGUUGAGCGUGAAAAACUCAGCAGCGUUGCAGUUCUUGACACAUUCAAACCAGCAAGCCUGGCACCUACUACCAUACCUCGUUCAAAGGCACUUAAAUAUUUUGUGUUGCCCAUUCACCCUCUGAAUGGCACAGAUACACAAUCCAUGUCUCAAUUGUCUCAAGGCUUCAAAAUCAAUUUUUGACCUGUCUCCUCCCCUUCAUCUACACUGAUUGAAGUGAAUUUGACAAGUGACAUUAAUAAGGGAUCAUAGCUUUCACCUGGAUUCACCUGGUCAGUCUGUCAUGGAAAGAGCAGGUGUUCCUAAUGUUUUGUACACUCAGUGUCUAUAAAACACAAGACGAUCACUCUUUUGACUGCACUGGGCCUUUAAACAAAAUAACACGUUUGAUCCUGCAAUGUGCAAUACCUGUUGUCUGAUGACUCAUACUGAAUUUAAUUCCACUGCUCCAUCAGUUACAUACAUUCAGUCUGAAAAUGUAAUCCUAGAAGUCUUUCGUGUGGUGAUGUCAAAGUGAGGGGCAUUGUAACCAAUUCAACUAUCAAAGCCAAUUAAGUGAUUCAUGGCUCUGGCCCAACCCAUCGGUUUCUGGGACCAAUCAUAAGGGUUUGAAUGUUUUCGCAUUCCAGAAGUAAAUCGGGGCUACCUUCAGUAAAUUGGGGCUACGUACUGAAACAUUUAAUUAAACGGAAAUGGAGCCGUUCUGAAUGACUAGUUGAAAACCGGGGAGGUGUUGGGUUGUGGGUUGGGAAACGCUAUCGGUUGGGAAACGCUGUCAGCAUGGCUGCUGCCCUGUAAAUAUAUCACUUAUUGCUUCAAGCCACACCCCACCACAUCCACCAAAUGGAGAAAACGUACCUCAGUCUGUUCGAGAACAUUUUGGGGAAACGUGUCAUUCGGUACAAACCGUUACGCAACCUAAAAAAAGUUGAAUCUAACUGAAUGCACCCGACUCAUCUUGGAGAAGAAACGUUAGUGGGCGUGUCGUUUGGCCGGAGUGAUGUGGAUGGGUAACCAGGUAACAACAAUACCCGAUGAAUGAGACAAAUAUGUAGCAAAACAAAGACCCAUUUCAAUCUAUUUUUUUAUUCCUUCCAAACAGGUUCGUGUUGCACUACUGAAAUAUUUCAAAAUAAAAGUAAGUUCACAAAUCACAUACAAUUUAUUUAUUGGUCUAAAACAACUGGAUGUAAUGUCAUAGCUAAUUGAUUAUUUAUCCAUUUCGCUCUUCACCAGCAGGUACAAUCAGCAGGGAGUGGAAGUUCCAAACUGGCAUCCACGCUGAAAACGAAAUGAUAUUUUUAAUCCAGUUUGACAAUUCUGUUUCUUUUUUUUUUAGAUACAUUUUAUACCUAUACUGUUUAUUCAUCUAGGCUUAGUUUACAUUUACAUCUAAGUUAAACCCCAUACUAAUCAACUGAAAUUCUGACACGGAGAUAAAGUAUGUGCAGUGUCAUACAAGUAUCAUUGUUAUAAUUGUAGCCUUUUUCUGUUGUAAUAUAGCCUAUGUAGUAGAUGUUUAUGUAAAAUGGUAAAUUACAUAAUAGGAAUUAACAAGUUGGAAAAUGAAUUGCAUAAUAUGUAUAGCCUACACCUGUUGCUAUGAUACGAUAAAACUUUUUGGGGGGGUUAUUUAAGUGUUUAGAACUGUUUUUCAUACUGUAUGGCCAGUGAAAUGUAUGUAAUGUAAUGUCUGUAUUUUUCUGCGAAAUGCAACUAGUGCUUCGUGGUGUAAAACGUAUUUUUUUUUAUUAAAUUGGUUUGAGUAAAUUAUAUUAGCUGUUAUUUGUGUGUGCAAUUUUCCCAAUAAGGUUUUUGUUAACAAGGUGUGGUUUUGCAGUCCUGUUUAGUUCCUCUCUUCUCUGCUCCUCCCAUUCCUUGUCCGUGUCGUCCAGGGGAAAACCUUUCAACACUGCCAUCUGGCGGUAGGCCCUGCACUCUGGCUCUGCACUGAAAUAUGAUGCAGACAAUCACAUUAAGUAACCUACUGCACAUCACACACAUAGGCUUGCAUCCCAAUGUUACCCUAUUCCUUACAAAGUUCACUACUUUUGACCAGAGCCCUGGGAAGGGAUUAGGGUUCAAUUUGGGAAUCUAUAAUGAUGGCCGUGUCCGAAAUUUGGUCUUGCUUACUAGGCUACUGACUAAAACUGCAUGUGUACUAAUCAUACUACAUACAAUUUAGAACAUUACAUACGGUUUAGUAAACAUUUAUGCAGUAAGCAACAAAUAUUAACAUAGGCUACUAUACUCACUCACCCUUACUGAGAAUGCAUAAUCUAAUGCACAAUUGUGUUGCUUCCUGCCAUUCGUUAAUUUUGGUACAGCACGUCCCCUUAUGCCACAUUCAAAACAACUGGGAACUGGGAAAUCUCUGACUACCGACUUCAGUGCAUACAAGAAGAGACAACUGGGAACAGGAGAAAAAAAAACGAGUUCCGACUGGGAAAAAUCAUUUUGAACAGUCAUCCAACUCGGAGUUCCAAGUCGGCAACUCGGGCCUCUUUCUAGAGCUCCGACCUGAAGAUCACUGAUGUCAUGAUUUGACCUAGUUUUUUCCCGCAUUGUAUUGAAAGCAUCAUUACUUCAUCUGAUUAUCAGCUGCAAUAAAUACAUUUUAAAAAAAUCCCCAUCAAAAUCCAUCUGUUAAGCUAGAGAUAUGUUUUUUGUAUGGGCUGUCUCUCAAUCCACGGUAUCCGCCACUUUAAUGUCUAUGAUCCACCAAUGUCGGCCUUCCGCAUCUGUGGUGGAAGGUGGCAGAGCCACAGCGGUGUUAGUCAGACCAGGAGACAUCCUGAAAAUGUAUCUUCUCACGAAAACGUCUGUAGCGUCCGAGCGGUUUGGGCUACACACUAUUGUGACCCCACAAGUGUCACGGGACUCGUCUGAAAGUAACCCGGUACUGAGCUGAAAAAAAUGAAUGGAAGUUGGUUAAAAGUCAUGGGAAGUCAUCAAAAAGUAAUGAAAUUCCAUCUGUCAAAAUGUGUGUGUAUGAACCCUUAACAGAGAAUAAUCUGGUGUCUCUAUAGCAUAAUGUCAUUUGGGAAUUUCUGUGAACAUAGUCUAAUGGAUCGACUUGAAAAAAGACAGCUCCUGCAACUCUUUCAUCCCAAGUCAAGCGCUGGAAUUGAAGGAAAGCUGGCGGGUACACAGUUCGAAUGCUGGAAUUAUUUUGGAUGAACAUGCGAAGGUAACCUACUUUUUGAAGUGAAUUGUUUGACAAUCAGAUGAAAACAUCAUGACUGGUUCUGUUUACGGCACAUGAAAAGGUAAUACAUUUUAAGGGGGGGGGGCUCAGACUGGCCUCUGUCUGGGGACUCCAAAUCACUAGUCCGCCCCUGACUAGAUGCAAAGCCAAAAUUAGUAUGACAUCCUGGCAAUUAAAGAAUAGCCUACUUAAUUUUCCACAUUUUUACUAUUCACAUUUUUUCGCAUUCCCAAAAUGACUACUAUUAACAACGCAAGUAGGCCUAUGGGUUUUCGGAUACGGCCAUUGAUCCCCUCAGACAUCAUUCAAAUAAAGCAGUGAAUCCAUCAUCUAUCAGCAGUGAAUCUUUCAUAUUAUUGUGCAUGAUGCAGAAAUAAAUAAUCACAUGAAUUACGUCACACAUAUCCCCUCAGACGUAAUAGAAAUGAAGUUGUGGAGCAGUGGUGUUUACUGUACUUUGAAAGAGAAGAGAACAUGAGAGAAAAUUAGAGUUCUCACUUUUAAACUAGACUUAAAGAAGUCUGGCAAGAGGGGACGUUAUUCUUAUAUCAAUCACAAUUCAUUACCCAAAUGUUUAGUAGACUAGAAUACAUUAACCACAACAGUGAAGUAUGUGUGUGUGUGUGUUUGAGCAGAGUAAAAUAAAAAUAUAAAAAUCACCGAAAUGGGAUAAAUAUAAUACUAUAAAUAUACAAAACACAGUUGUGUAAAGUACUUAAGUAAAAUACUUUAAAGUAUUACUUCAGCAGUUUUUUUGGAGUAUCUGUACUUUACUAUUUAUAUUUUUGGCAACUUUUACUCCACUACAUUCCUAAAGAAAAUAAUGUACUUUUUACUCCAUACAUUUUCCUCGUACUCGUUACAUUUUGAAUGCUUAGCAAGACAGGAAAAUGGUCCACUCACACACUUAUCAAGAGAACAUCCCUGAUCAUCCCUACUUCCUUUGAUCUGGCAGACUCACUAAACACAAAUGCUUCGUUUGUAAAUUAUGUCUGUGUGUUGUAGUGUGGCCCUGGCUAUCUGUGGUUUGCUUAAUAUAAGCAAUUUGAAAUGAUUUAUACAUUUACUUUUGAUACUUAAGUAUAUUUAAAACCAAAUACUUUUAGACUUUUACUCACAUAGUAGUUGCUUUUACUUUAGUCCUUUUCUGUUAAGGUAUCUUUACUUUUACUCAAGUAUGACAAUUGGGUACUUUUUCCACCACUGACAAGACAUACCUUUCAAGAAAUCGAACACAGUCACUAUGUCCAUAGACUUCUGCUAUUCUGACUGGUUUGUCCCCAGAGAAGUCUUCUUUGUCUAUGGGGGUGUGUAGUGAGUGGAGCAGGCGCAGCACCCCAAGUCUCCCAGCCUCGGCUGCAAAGUGGGCAGGUGUCCAUCCACUAUCAGUUCUCAGGCAGGCUCUGGCUCCGUGCUCCACCAGAAUCCUAACAGUCUCGGUCUGUCCUGGGAAACAGGGACUAAAUGUGACAACAUAUUUUUAAAAAACUAAACACAAGAAAGAGAGCCUCCUAAUGCAGUUCAUAAUAAGCAUGAUUUGACAAAUUUUGAGUCCCAAAUGGUACCCUAUUCCCUAUAUAGUGCACUAAUUUGGUCAAAGUAAGUGCACUAUAUAGGGAACCAUUUGGGAUGUACCCUAAGUGUUAUGAUAGUGGGCAUACUGUAGGUUGUCACAGACAGACAAAUAUUUAAUGUUCUGUAGGCAAAAGUUGCAAAUAAACAUUUUAUUUGACAUUUUAUUUAUUUAGCAGACACUCUUAUCCAGAGCAACUUACAGUAGCGAGUGCAUUCAUUUUAAUACUUUUUUUUCGUACUGAUCCCCUGUGGGAAUCGAACCACAAUGCUCUACCAACUGAGCUACAUGAGACAAACACAACCGACGUGAUUCCUUAUUCUACAUGUCAGAGAGGCAUGUUUGUUCUAUAAACCAGUACAUCAUGUUUGUUCUAUAAUAUAUUUAUAUCUGAACGUUUCAUAACAUUAUACCCUGCUGAAUGCAGCCCUCUUGUUUAAUGGACACAAACCUUCUAAAGACGACUACCUUUGGCUGCAGCCCAGUGAAGCGGUGUCUUGUAGUUCCAGUCUAUGUCUCUAUGAUUGGGGUUACAUUUCUUCUUCUUCUUCUUCAGAAUCUCCUCCACUAGAUCAAAGUCUCCAGCAGCAGCUGCUUGGUGCAACUCUGUCAUUUCUAACAUGAUUGGAAAAAAGGAGGUUGCCAAGCAACAUUCAA